AUGGCAAUCCCGCAUUUCAUAUCGCUUGAAGCCUGCGCAGAAUGGUCAAAGACUGUUGAGCCGUUCCUGCCACAGUUAUACGAGCUUCCGCGACGAUUGCUUGACAAUAUUACUAACCCUCACAGCCUCUUGGAACUUUACAAGCAGACGAAUCCGCUGGUAUCAGGAUUUGCUUUCUCUUUGUUUCUUGGAGCUGUCUUCCUGGUUGUGGCUGAGGUCAAUCGUAACUGGUCUCAAGUUGACCGCAUGUGGAGUCUGCUGCCAACUAUUUACAAUGCGCAUUUCAAGGUCUGGGCGGAUUUGAACCAUCUCAACACUCAAAGACUCAAUCUUAUUCUGUUCUGGAGUACUAUUUGGAGUGCUAGGUUGACAUUCAACUAUUGGCGUAAAGGAGGGUACCAGGUUGGUUCGGAGGACUAUAGGUGGGCACUCGUGAAGAAAUAUAUUGGACCAGUUCCAUUCUUCGUUUUGAACCUCACUUUUAUUUCUUUCAUGCAGAGCGUUCUGCUUUUCCUCCUUGCGUCGCCUACCUAUGCAAUCAUGCUUGCCUCCCAGAAUGAAAAAGAUAUUUCUGUGGCAGACUUGGUCUUCACAGCCAUCGAGUUGGGGCUGGUAGCAAGCGAGUGGUUCAGCGAUCAGCAGCAAUGGGAUUAUCAAAACACUAAGCAUGAAUAUCAGAAGACUGCUAAAGUCCCACGCGGCUCAAAGCACGAACAUGAGGAACUGGACCGGGGUUUUAUUACCUCUGGACUCUGGGCAUAUUGCAGACAUCCUAAUUUCACUGCGGAACAAACAAUCUGGUUUGUGCUCUACCAGUGGAGCUGCUAUGCGACCCAGGUCUUGUAUAGCUGGACUGGAUUGGGCUCACUAUUCUUGAUCAUGUUAUUCCAGGGUUCGACUUGGCUCACAGAGCUCAUCACUGCAGGAAAAUACCCCGAGUACAAACACUACCAAGGGCAAGUUGGCAUGACGGUUCCCAGUCUUACACCGUAUAAGGCGCCUCAGCCAAAGGUUAUUCGCACAAGCGAGCUAGCCACGAGACAAGAACGGAAGGAGCAAGCUGGAAAGCAGAAGUAG